AUGAGCACAUUCCGCACCGUCAGCCUCGCCGAUCUCGCAUCCAAACUGCUCGACCCCCACGCCGACUCCCCGCCCAAGGUGGUAGCCACAGCGAAACGCAUCCGCGGGGUUCUCAAUGGCCAAUACAUCUUCGACUCGACCUCGACCAAGCUAGUCUGGGAGCACCAAUACUUUCCCCAGCAUUGGAUUCCACGGUCCGCCUUUCUCGACGCGGCGACGUUCACGGAUCCCGAUGACGGGCGCAGCUUGCACGCCCAGGCCAAGGCCACAGACUUGAGUCAGCAGCAACAGCAAUGGUCGGUCGUCAAGCUCAGCGUCGGCGACAAAACCGUGGACGCACUCGUAGUGGGUGACGGCCAGGGCUCAGAACUCGCCGGCCUAGUCAAGAUCGACUUCAAAGCCCUCGACACAUGGUACGAAGAGCAGGCGCAGAUCCUGUACCAUCCAAAAGACCCCUUCCACCGCGUCGACAUCCUCCCGUCGGGUCGGCACGUGCGCGUCGAGCUCGACGGCGUGGUCCUGGCCGACACGGGCGCCGAGGGCGGCGUUAUGUCGCUGUGGGAGACGAGGUUCCCCGCUCGCUGGUAUCUUCCGCCCACGGCGGUCAAGUGGGAGCACCUCCGGCCCAGCGACACGCACACGGGAUGUCCGUACAAGGGCCAGGCGAGCUACUACCAUGCGGUGGUGGGGGGGAAGGAAACCAGAGAUGUCGUCUGGUGGUAUCCGAACCCGACGGCCGAGAGCGCCUUGAUCGCAGGCUUGCUGUGCUUCUAUCCGGACAAGGUGGACAUUUGGGUCGAUGGCAAGCCGAUUGAGAAGAUUGGGGUGCCGGUGCCGAGUAUUAAGAAAGCUAGCUGA